AUGGCCGGCACUCCCCGAGAAGGUGCUGCCGCUACGCCCCCUCCACCAGACGCGGAUGGACGGCAGCGGACCACGACGCUCCGGCGCUCUUGCGAAGCAUGCAGGGCAGUCAAGGCCCGUUGCGUGGUUGAACCGCCCAAUGGAACCCCUGGCCAGACACGGUGUUUGAGCCACGGUAUUGAGUGCCACUUUGAAAAUGCUCUGGCGCGUCCUAAAAAGCUCAAGUACACGGCUCGCACUCGAGUCAAGGAUGUCGAGGAAAAGCUGGACGGCCUCAUUGCGCUGAUCUCGUCCAGGAGAGAAGGUUCGUCCAGCGCUGCCGUGGCAGCAUCUGCUGUGGCUUCUUUGUCGGGGUCGGCUGUGGCAGGCCCGUCUGAACAGACAACUGCUGCAACCUCCACGCCGAACAACAGUUACUUUUACUCGCAGCCGCUGAAUAACCUCCCCCCCAUCACCUACCCGGCGCCCAUCGGAUUCGAUCUCAACUUUGACGAAAUGCCGUACCUCGAUAACUCUGGCGCGCCCAUUGCAAUGCACUCCAGCCAUUCUCUGACUGCCUCGUACGGUGAUGUCAUUGACCGAGGCCUGGUCCAGGAGGAGCUCGCCUCUGUUCUCCUGGACGAAUUCACAACGUACUCGGAAAAGCAGUUUCCCUUUGUGGCAAUGCCGUCGUACGCUUCCCUGAGUUACAUGCGCCGAGACCGGCCUUACGUUCUUCUCGCCGUCCUCACGGUAACGGCUGACACGUCUCUCCAGGCGCGACUAGCCCUUGAGUACCGCAAGGCACUUUCCCAGGCAAUGCUCGUCGAAUCCCGCAACAGCCUUGACCUGCUCCAGAGCGUGCUUAUUUUCUGCAUUUGGCAUCAUCAUUACUUUCGGCCCUACAGCAGUCAGUUGUACCAGCUGUCGCAGAUCGCCGUGACGAUGGCGGUGGAGAUCAACCUUCCAAGCUCCAUGUCGCCCACGCUCAACAGCCUUAUGGCGCCUCACCACCAGGCGUUGGGUCAGCGACCCAGGAGCAGCCGCACCCCGACAGAGCAAAUGGCCAAUGAGAUUGAGCGCGCACGUACCUUCCUCGGCACGUACUGUGUUUCGGCGAGCAUUGCGACAGCGCACCGCAAGCCGACGCACUUCAAGUACGACCGACGGAUGGACCAGGCCGUCCAGUUUCUCACCAAUGCGCGCGAGAUUCCGUCCGACACCCAUCUUCUGCCCUACCACGUCCAAAUACGGAAAAUCUCUGAAGAUGUGGACCGGGUCUUUGGCAGCCUGGACCAAGGAGGUAUCACUUUGGACGCGAGAUACAUUGAAGCAAUGGUCAAGGAUUUCGAGCGCCAGUACGAGGCACUGCGGAACUCCAUGACAACGCAAUCCUGGGACAAUGCUGCUUUGAAAUGCGCUAUGAUGUACCUUCCUGUCGUUAUAUACGAGGUCGCCCUACGCAUCCCACCGGAACAUCAAGCUCUUCUUGAAGUGACACCCAACGCACAAUGUUGCAACUGGUGUUGCUCAUCGAUACGCCUGGAAAUUCUCAUGAAGUGUGUCGCCGCUGCACAGGCUUACAUCCGCAGCUACCUGGAUUUGUCCGAGGACGACUCGCGCCACGUCACCAUUGUCGAAGUCAGCCGUCACGUCGACGCCGUCCUCAUUCUCACGCGUGCUGGUCUCGGGUUUGACACCAAAAAUUUCCAGCAGGGCGUCAUGGCUCUAGGCCGCGCUGACCUUCUCAAAGCGGCCGAUGUAGCACGCUACCUCGAGGCAUCGAAGCGCAAGAUGGCGUCGCUUGUGACUAUGACCGAUGCCAUGACCAGCGGCAGCGGCUCGUCCGGUACGGGCCAAGUGGAGAAGCAGGACCUCUUCUGGCAGAUGAAGCACAUUUUCCAACUCAGCCUCGACUGGUACAACAAGCACGUCAACAGCGAGACGGGCACGCCCCAGCAAAUCAGCCAGGUCGAGGCCCACGAGAACGCCAAGCUGGACGUGUCACCCAUUUUCUGGAUCAGCGAGGGAACGACCAUGGUGCGCGAGAAGUGUGCGACCGGUGUGGACAAGGCCAUGGAGGGUAUACCGCACUUUGCCGCGAACAGUGUCUACAGCAUGAUCCAGGCGCUCAGUUCGUGCGUGGAAAACGCGCCGGUGGCGCCAACCGCUAUUGGGACCGAACAGCCGGGUGCUGCCGGCGCCAUCGGCUCCAUGACUGGUCCACCCGUGUCUGCUGCUUUGCACCCCAGUGCCGUAUCUGGCCAUUCUGUGUCUCCCGACCCCAUGAACACCUCUACGCCGGCCAGCAGCAGUGGAUAUGUGCCGCCCCUUGACCCAAGACUGGCUGGUAGCGUGGCUGCGACCAACGAAGCCAUUCCGCCAUGGUCGGCCGACCAGUCUGCGGAGCUGUUUUCCAACAUUCCGCAAUCGUCUACAAACUCGCCUUGGUUUACUCUUUAG